AUGCGGAAGAAGGAGAUGCGAGAGCAGCCAAACGGGAGCCUCUUUCAGUACGUGGAAGUCCGAGGAAGAGGUAGAUUCAAGCCGGUCGGCUGCCGAGAGUCCCAGACACUGAAGCCCCAAAGACUGAAGAACUGGCAGGAGAUCAGGUCCAAGCAGAUGAAGGAAGGCAGGAUAAUCCAGAGGGCGAAGCCAAAACUGGUGUCGAAGAGGUUCACAGGGGUCCCAGCCAGAAGAUCAGAGAUCAGAAGAGUAACCGAAGGGAAAACCUGUUCGGUGUCAGGAAGCAGUUCCAAGUUCGGUGUGGAUCAUACAAACUUGGACUUGAAGAAAAACUUUGAGGCCCUCGCCAGCUAUGACCUGCGUGCCUCUCAUGGUCUGUCUCAUGAUCCGAUGCCUGUCAGAGAUGAGGAGAACAGUCACGGUACCCGUUGCGCAGGAGAAAUCGCCAUGGAGGCCAACAACUCCUACUGUGGUGUGGGCAUCGCCUUCAAUGCCAGGAUAGGAGGCAUCCGUUUGCUGGAUGGCACUGUCACAGAUGCCAUGGAGGCCUCAGCUCUGACCUAUAACAUGCACUUCAUCGACAUCUACGUCUGCAGUUGGGGCCCACGAGACAACGGGGCCGAGAUGGACGGGCCGCACCGCCUGACAGCGCAAGCCCUCCGGCUAGGAACUCACAAGGGUCGACAGGGGAAGGGCAACAUUUUUGUGUGGGCAUCAGGCAAUGGUGGAAUGCAGCAAGACCACUGUGGUGCAGAUGGGUAUGUCAACUCCAUCUACACCAUCGCUAUCGGAGCGAUCACUCAGGCCGGGAAGCCCGCCUACUUUGGUGAAUCCUGUCCUGGAGUGAUAGCAGUAACCCUGACUGGGGCCAGCAAUGGAAUCUCACUGCCUUUGGUGACUGUGACCAACAUGGGUGAUGGAUGUGUCACACGCUUCCCAGGAACCUCCAGUGCUGCUCCGAUUGCUGCGGGAAUUCUAGCUCUUGCCUUGGAAGUAAAUCCAUUGUUGACAUGGAGAGAUGUUCAACAUCUGAUCGCCAUGACAGCCAAGAUUCCAGACCCCGAGGAGCUGGGCUGGACUAUCAAUGCAGCAGGAUACCAUGUUCACCACAGGUAUGGUUUUGGAGUGCUGGAUGCUGGGCUGAUGGUGCAGCAGGCUGCGCGGUUCCACAGAGCUGCUCCACAGAGAAAGUGCAAACAAGAGGUCACAUUUAAAUCUCCCAGACUUUUCUCUGCUAGAGGUCAAGUGAGCAUCAACAUUGAAUCUGAUGCCUGCCAGGGGACAGCCAAUGAAGUCAAUACGCUGGAGCAUGUGCAGGUGAGAGUGAGCCUUACUGCACCGUGUCGAGGUGACCUGUCCAUAAGUCUGGAGUCUCCCGGUGGAACCGUUUCUCUGCUGCUGGACACUCGGCCCAAUGACGACUCGGCCGCUGGCCUGAAGAACUGGACCCUGAUGACGCUGCACUGCUGGGGAGAGCAGCCCAGAGGCCUGUGGACCCUUAAGGUGUCUGACCAUACCGGGACGGUGUGGGACUGCACGAGGCAGAGUGAAGAGAAGGUUCAAAGAGCUCUGCAUAGCAUCACACUCAUCCUGUAUGGUACCCAUCUCCCACAAAAGCAGGGGCCCCUGGACAGCAUUGUGUCCAUGGGGGGGCAUCACCCCAUCCCUCAUGGAGGGCUGUACAAGAGGGACGGUUUCCCUCCUCUGGAUCUGCUUCAGUGGGUCUACCAAAUGGAGAGAAACAGGAAAGUGAGAGCAGGCGACAUCGCGUUGCCAGCCAAGCACAAGACUUUGGGAACUACAAGAGACAGAAUGACAAACAUGACCUUCAUCAAGCACCAGACAUCGAGGAAGGCUUUAAAGCUACAACCAGCAGAUGUUCUACAGAUGUCCUCCCUAAGACGCAGACCUGUCCCUAAGAUGAAGGAGAUGGAGCGACAGAGCAGGUCCUUGUCGUCACAAAUUGUAAAGGAUUUCACCUUGAAGAAGGAGAAACUACUGGAUUCUUCUAAUCCACUUGGCGAAGCAGAAAAGCAGGAGGGUGAUGGCGGUGUGGGGGGUAGCUGAAGACACAACAUGACCCGUGGUUAAAUAAGGGCUGCUGUUUUCCUUUGUGCAGCAAACCAAUUGAUCAUUAAUCGAUGUGUGUACUGUAUUUCUGCCUCCUGACCGCCCUGUCAGCUGUGAUCAUGCUUGUGAAUGUCUAACCCAAACCCUCUCCCACCUGCCCCAAUCCUUCCCCUGUAAAAAAUAAAAAAAAA